CCAGAGGAGCAUGGCAGAGAAUGUAGGGCUGGGCUUUGGGGAAGCAGCCAGCGUGGAAAUGCUGCCUGCGGACGGCAGCUACAGGCCCAGGGCCAGUGUUGGGCCAGCAGCCAGGAGCAGCAGCAGCGUGUGCUGCGCUUUCACCUGCUGCCUGCUCUUACUCCCCAUCCUGGCAGGAUUCACCACCUAUCUACUUGUUGGACAGCUCUGGGCCCAAGGAGAGGCCUGUGUGACCCAGAUUCCAAGAGGACAGAAGUUGGGACCUUCACCACAGCGAGGCUAUGAAUCUCUUCCAAUACGCAGAGAAAAGCCAAGGGCACACCUGACAGUUGUGAAACAAACUCCCACCCAGUCCAUGAAAGAUCAGUUUCCAGCUCUUCAUUGGGAACAUGAACUUGGCUUGGCUUUCACCAAGAACAAUAUGAGCUACACCAAUAGAUUCCUGGUGAUCCCAGAGCCGGGAGACUACUUUGUUUACUCACAGGUCACAUUCCGAGGAACCACAACUGAGUGUGGUAAAAGCCAAAUGAAUCAACCACAACUGAACAGGCCAGAUGCCAUCAUUGUCGUCAUCACCAAGGUAACAGACAGCUACCCAGAGCCCACCCAGCUUCUAAUGGGGACCAAGUCAAUGUGUGAAAGAGGCAGCACCUGGUUCCAACCCAUCUACCUAGGGGCCAUGUUUUCCUUGCAAGAAGGGGACAAGCUGAUAGUGAAUGUCAGUGACAUCUCUCUGGUGGAUUACACAAAAGAAGAUAAAACCUUCUUUGGAGCCUUCUUGAUAUAGGGGCAAAAGAUG